UGUCUGCCCUCAUCAAAGAUGGCGGUCGGAAGCGCCCCCGGUUCUUAGGCUCCCUCUCUCUCUCUCGCCAGGUUGUUCGGGAUUCGUGGCUGAGAUGGCGGCGCCUGAGAUGGAGUACGAGUCCGUCCUCUGCGUGAAGCCCGAUGUCAACGUCUACCGCAUCCCGCCGCGCACCUCCAACCGCGGGUACAGGGCAUCUGACUGGAAACUGGAUCAUCCGGACUGGACAGGGCGGCUCCGUGUCACCUCCAAAGGCAAAACUGCAUACAUAAAACUGGAGGAUAAGGUUUCAGGAGAACUCUUCGCCCAGGCUCCUAUAGAUCAAUAUCCUGGCAUUGCAGUAGAGACAGUGACAGAUUCCAGUCGCUAUUUUGUCAUUCGAAUUCAGGAUGGGACUGGACGAAGUGCUUUUAUAGGCAUUGGCUUCACGGAUCGUGGUGAUGCCUUUGACUUCAACGUCUCUUUGCAGGAUCACUUCAAGUGGGUGAAGCAGGAGACUGAGAUCUCCAAGGAGUCCCAGGAAGCUGACACACGUCCCAAAUUAGACUUAGGGUUUAAGGAAGGGCAGACCAUCAAACUGAACAUUGGGAACAUGACAACAAAGAAAGGAGGAGCAGCCAAGCCCCGUGUGUCUGGAUCAGGGGGCCUAAGCCUGCUGCCACCCCCACCAGGAGGCAAAAUCACAGUCCCUCCUAUACCUCCCCCUUCUUCCACAGCCAUUGCCAACCAUGUCACACCACCACCCGUGCUGAAAUCCAGUAACAUGAGCAGUGCAGAUAUUCUAUUAGACUUAGAUGCUCCUGCAUCUGCAUCCACGGCACCAGCAUCAGCUACCACAGACCUCUGGGGAGACUUCAGCACUGCAUCAAGUGCUGUUCCCAAUCAGGCUCCUCAGCAGUCCAACUGGGUCCAGUUCUGAACGGUCAAAGCAAUGGAGUGGGACAAACUGAUGACCAAGAGGCUCUAGAGGCACCAAAUGGGAUCAGAGGGGGCACAAACCUCUCUAGUCUUCAAUCAAAAACAAAUCGGGACAAUCCUUCCUUUUUAAACCAGAUCUUCACUUCAGUCAAAACUUACUAUUUUUGAUCCCACAGUGAAACCACUGAACCUAAAGAGAACAUACUGACUCCUCAUAACGUGGGCAAGGAGGAGAGAGGUAGCCUCAUCUCUUCCACCCACUUGGCCGUUACAUGGUACAUCCUAGCUCUUUUCCCCCAUCUUUCCAUAUAGGGAAAGCAAGAAUCCUGAAGAAGGUGGGUACAGGAGGAGGCUGGGUAGGUGCUUCUGGGUUCCUUGUUCUUUAAAUUUUGUCUGGUUAGACUGUUGCUUUUUGUGGCUGCUUUCA